CUCUCGACCAACCGUUGAUGAAAUAGUUUCUUCGGCACGUGGGGGCAAGGCUCCCGACGGCACGACACCUUGCCAACCACAUCCCGUUCAUUCUCAACAAAGAGAAAAAGAAAAUUCUCGAUGAGCUUGGGGACUCCCGGUACUCCAUCACUUUCAACGAGACGCCGUACCGCGCUGCGUGCUUCGGGGUUGGCAUCCGCUUCAUCACCAAGGCAGGAAAGAUUACCCAGCGAGUGCUUAGCUUGAGCAUGCUGAGCAAUUCCAUGGACUUUGCGGCCAUCAACGGCGAAGUCAUGAAGGUCGUGGUGGACGACUACAGGUUGGACCGGCAAAAGUGCGUCGGCUUCAUGCUCGACGGAUGCUCCGCCAACCUGAAGGCCCUCGACACGCUGAAAAUGAACUUUCGGAUCGCUACCGGCGUGCGGUGCUUUUCCCACCUUUGCAAAAACAGCGGCAACGAGAUGAACUCGGAUGACACCCACAAGUUCGCCGGCCACUUGCACACCCUGCUGAGCCACAGCCACAACGCGAAAGACUUGUGGUUGCAAGAGACGGGGGGGGUGGCGCCUCCGAAGCCACCGUCGCACCGCUGGAGCUCGCGUUUUGAGCGGAACGACUGCUUGGUGCGGAGCUGGCAGCAGAUGAAGUCCUUCGUCAACAAGUUCACUUCGGCCGACGAGUCCAAGUCCAAGUCGGCCGCUGCGAUGAGGGACAUGCUGGCACACGUUCGGCCGGACAACAUCCACCAGGAGCUCGUCUUGCAGCUGGAAUUUGUGGUAGCUGCGGACGUUGGGAUCCACCUCACGCGUGCUACGCAUCUGCUGGAGGGAGACGGGUUUCUGGGUCUGGCCCUCUCCUUGAACCCUCUGCUCCCUGGCCAAUUGGAGGACAAGGUCAACACGCCUAACGUGAACGCGCUCGUGAGGGAGUACGCCAACAGCUUGAAUGUCGACGAGAACGUCAAGCUUUGGCUCAAGAAGAUGGCACUCUUUCACAUGCACGGCGUCCGGUACCACGCAUACGCGAGAAUCGGAGACCAUCCGGGAGCUAAGGAACACGCGACCAUCCGGCUUUUCGAGGGGGCGAGACUGCUGAACUUCACGUUCGUGAAGGGGCACCAACUGGAGGAGUCGGACGUACACAUCCUACCAGAAGUGCUUCCGUUCGUGACACCAACCGUGGUCGCCGCCCUCGUAGAAGAGAUGGAUGCGUACAACGUCGCGGCGGCUGAGACGGAUGCCGGCUGCGAUUUGUGGGCUUUCUGGCAUGACAACAGGCUUAAACUAUCUGCUUGGUACAACGUAGCCAAAGACGUAGCCUUGAUCCAACCCUCUUCCGCUUUCAUGGAACGGGUGUUUUCUGUCCUUCGUGCUUGCGUGGACGAUAGGCAGGAGCAUUGUCUCUUAGACCGGAUUGAGGCGGCGGCCCUCCUUAAGUACAACAUGUCUCAGGAGUACUAGAAGGUAUUUUUCUGUUCCCCUUGCUGUUUGGUUUGCAGUACAAGGCCUUGAGACCUACAGCGGAGAAAGUGGUGCGGUUGGCUUUUGCUUUCUGCCGUCUCAUCUUGCUAACCUGCUGAGGAAUUGCCGCUUCCGCUUGCUGUGGGUGCUCCGCAUUGAGACUGGUGAUGUUGAGCUCGUUGGCCGCAGAUAAUGAAGUACUCCUACUUCGUAUAUACUCCGUACUACUUCGAGUAGUACACGUUUUGGGCACCAGUUUUCGAAGGAGUGCGACGACUGUGAUGAAGGUAACGAGAGCCGAGAGUCUUCGAAAACAUGAAACUGCUGACUGAUAACACGGUGAACUUGGGCGAAGCAUCAACAUCAACACCACAAACACAAGCGUGAUACGGUAGCACGGUAGCAUAAAGAGGCAUUUGAGGCAUAUUCCCGCCACUAAAACGGAGCAUAGGAGGGGGCAUAUCGAGACCAUCAUGCUCCUUUUCUUAGGCCCAUUAUGCUCCUUUUUUUCGUUUUUUAUGCUCCUUUUUUUUGGAAAGCAUAUGCUGCAAAAGUCAAUUAUGCUCAUCGAAUAUGCUCAUCGAAUAUGCUCCUUUGGUCUCGAUAUAUGGUGCCUACUAGAAAGAGCGUUUGACUCGUAUGUGCCUCCCGGUCCCAACCCCCCCGUCUCUCUCCCGAACGCUUGAAACGCGACAUAGCACUUCGUUCAGAGGCUGUUGGCCAGUGUACAGUAGUAAUCACUUCCUGUUUCCGUACUGGUAUGGUGCGAUUUUCGUGUGCUGAGAUUGAGGGGGUGACGCAGGCACGGGCACGCGCACGCAUGCACGCACACUCGAUCAAUAAUAGCAGUGAGAGCCCCUUGUCAUCAACGUGCACAGCUUAGGCCCUGACCUGUUAUGCUAUUUCUUGACAUUUUUAUGCACGUUUUUCGGCACGUGCGUAAGCUCAAAAGGCUACUUCUGCACGCUGGUUAUGCUCAUUUUCCUCGCGUGUGCUCUUACUGCUGCACGCUUUUCUUCGUCCCUCGUGCUCGGGCAAUGCUUCUUUUGGUCGUUAAUGCUCGACAUAUGCGCGCGCGGUUGGCUUCGUCGACACGCUUUGUUUAUUAUGCCGUCUGCCACCACCGUCGAAAUGUAUCAAUAAUUAAUUGUGUUGCUGUAUCACAUCACAGCGCGAAUUCUCUUGGACUCUAGUCUUUCAGGAAAUGUUUUUUCGACGCAUCCGACUACUACUACUCUGCACUCGUUCGUUCUAAUAAGGGUGAAGAGGGGACUACUUUCCCGCAUUCCCUUCACCAUUCGUCAUCCGUGAUCGCCAUUGGGCAGACAGAGUAGAUAUAUUUAUUUCUGGAAUCAAUCGCGGUAAAAUACUUCAAGCAAUAUAUAUGCGCUUCCAACAGCCCCUGCUGUAGCAGUGUCAAACCCACCAGAACACCAAAUCAAAUGCUGUCAGUGCCUCUAGAAUCAUGGACACAUUCCAUCCCCCCCCCAUAAGUAAUUGUCGAUGCAAC